AUGGCGGGGGUACAGUGUCCGUCGGACCGCCGGGGCCUCCAGGACGGCCGGGGCCUCCGGGCUUACCUGGGAGCCGAGGACAGCCCGGUCCCAAAUGCAAACCUGGCUGUAUUCCAGACAUGCUUGGGCCAAGGAACGGGCCACGUGGGCUGCCUGGACCGUCUGGAGUGCCAGUGGCCUGGACAGAGAGGCCUGCCUGGACCCAGCCCUCCCGCUGUGGCGUUUUUUGUGGCUCUAAGCUCCGGCACAGACGUCCUUGCACCCGUGCUGGCAUACGAUGUCAUCCACACCAACGUGGGCGGAGGGUACGACAGGGAGACCGGGAAGUUCCUGGCUACGACGCGUGGCGUGUACACCUUCACAUUUACGGCAAGGAAGAGCGCAGCGACCGACUCCCGGUGCACCGUUUCGCUGGUGAAGAACGGGGUGAAGAUCGUGUCUUUGACCGCGCAGGGCGGGCAGACCCAGGCAAGCAGCAGCGCCGUCUUACUCCUGAGGCGUACGGACCAGGUGUGGAUAAUGCUCUCCGACGGGUACCUAGAGAGCGAUGCCAGCGGAGAAGCCACCUUCUCUGGAGUACUGAAUGCUUUGGAAGACGAGUAG